CCCGCGACGCUUGUUAGUGCUCCGCAAAUCCACAGCGGGAUCACCCGCACAACCGGGACCCGAUCCCAGUACGCACAUACGAUAAACCAGAGCCGCCUACCGGAUAGCUUUAUACAUAGCUCCGUCGAACUUACUAUUUCGGUUUUCAGAUAUUGUGUCGAAUUUUGUUUCGUAUUCAGUGCGGCUAUUAAAUUCUUUACGAUUUUCUUGUUUUAUGUUAUGUUCGUCUUUUUGAAUUCUGAAUUUCGUAACGAAUAAUAAAGUGCUGACGAACUUUGAAUUUAGAACUCGUUUUUCGGGGGUCGUCGCGAUAUUCCGUGUCGGUUCGUGCGCUCUCGGGCGCUGAGUGGAGGUGCGUUCGUAAGUCGCGAUUCGGUCGGACGAGCUAAACGCGGCGGCGGGCGGCUAUUCGGGCUCGCCGUGGCCGCCGCUCGAGCUAGACCCCGUGGGAUGGGGACGCAAGCUAUAUCCAUCGGGAGCGCCGAGGUCUUCAGGUGGCCUGAUGUUUGGGCUGCACCACCAGGAGGCGGCGGGCGGGCUCCACACACAGCCUCGGGGGCCCGUCACCUCACUCAAAGAAGAACCUUUGACAAGAGCCUGGAUGACGCCCAGCUCGCUAGUUGACAAUACCAACAGCGUGGGCGUGGGCCGCGCGCACUUCGAGAAGCAGCCGCCCAGCAACCUGCGCAAGAGCAACUUCUUCCACUUCGUAGUGGCUCUGUACGACCGCGCCGGGCAACCGGUCGAGAUCGAGCGCACCGCCUUCAUCGGGUUCAUUGAGAAGGACCAAGAAGCUGAAGGCCAGAAAACAAAUAACGGCAUCCAGUACAGACUGCAAUUACUUUAUGCUAAUGGUAUCAGACAAGAACAAGACAUUUUCGUCCGUCUCAUCGAUUCAGUUACGAAACAGCCAAUCGUAUACGAAGGUCAAGAUAAGAAUCCAGAAAUGUGCAGGGUUUUGCUUACACACGAAGUCAUGUGCAGUCGGUGUUGUGAUAAGAAGAGUUGUGGAAAUAGAAAUGAAACGCCUUCGGACCCUGUUAUCAUAGACCGAUUUUUUCUAAAAUUCUUCUUGAAAUGCAAUCAGAACUGUUUGAAGAAUGCAGGAAACCCGCGAGACAUGAGAAGAUUUCAGGUGGUGAUAUCAACGCAAGUGAUGGUGGACGGGCCACUGCUCGCCAUAUCUGACAACAUGUUCGUCCACAACAACAGCAAACACGGCCGGAGGGCGAAGCGCCUCGACCCAACUGAAGGUAUUGACGCCGCGCCAGAGCCCGUGCCCACUUCGGGCUUGUACCCCCCUCUACCAGUAGCAACACCUUGCAUCAAAGCGAUAUCACCAAGCGAAGGCUGGACGUCUGGCGGAUCCACAGUUAUCAUAGUAGGGGACAACUUCUUCGACGGAUUGCAAGUCGUGUUCGGGACUAUGUUAGUUUGGAGCGAGUUAAUAACAUCACACGCAAUAAGAGUACAAACGCCACCGAGACACAUACCGGGAGUCGUGGAAGUAACGUUGUCCUACAAGAGCAAACAGUUCUGCAAGGGCGCGCCUGGGCGAUUUGUUUAUGUUUCGCUCAACGAGCCCACGAUAGAUUACGGCUUCCAGAGACUUCAGAAACUUAUACCGCGACAUCCCGGGGAUCCGGAGAAAUUACCAAAGGAAAUAAUUCUAAAACGAGCAGCAGACUUGGCUGAGGCAUUGUACUCGAUGCCUCGGAACAAUCAGCUGGGUUUGGGGGCUCCUCGGUCACCGCCUGCGAGUAUGCCCUUCAAUUCCUACACCGGACAAUUAGCCGUCAGUGUGCAAGACACUGCUGCCGGCCAGUGGACUGAAGAAGACUACGCGCGCAGUGGCGGGUCGGUAUCACCUCGGUAUUGUUCGGCUGCGUCUACGCCGCAUGCUGCCCCCGCGUCAUACCCCCACCCUCAGCACUAUCCAGCGCCACCUACCUCGCUCUUCAAUACUACCUCACGAAUGGGCGGGCUCGUAUCAUCUCCAUUCAGCGUCAACCCCUUCUCGUUGCCAACGUGUAGCGCACAACAAUAUGCCCAGACCGCGCCUCUAGCUUCCAAGUAGCGUAUGGACAACACAUUCUAAAGGCUAAAUUCAGUGAGGUUGUAUGAAGCACCAAAGAUUUCUCAAAGCUUUUGUUUUUAUAUAUCUUUAAAAUGUUUAGAUGUGAGUAACAUGAAUGUGGUGACGGCGUGCUUAGAACAUUUGUAAAUAACAUUGUAAGGUUAAUGUACAGCAUAGAAAAAGUAUUUAAUGGUUCGGUUGCUAGAUUGGAAUAGUUUCGUAGAUUUUAUAUAAAUUGAUGCCCAUUAUCAAAACGCUCAACUUGGGCAUAAAGUAUCAUGUAAAAAUGUGGUUCUUUGAAAUGUUUCCUUUAUAAUUUCACGUCAGUGUGUCAAUCUUGUUUUUGUAAAAUCUGUGAUAUAUUUAUUGUAAGUACAAUUGUAAAUUUUAAUCAAUGUGUAAGUUUUUCGACACUUAACUUUGGCUAGUGUAAAAUUUGUCUCUGCUUAGGUUUGUAAAGACAUCGAAUGUAAAUUUAAACGGAAUAUCAAUCAUAUCUCGAAUCGAAACAAUGCAUAUCCUUUUAAGAGUGGAGGUUCAGAAUAUCUAUGAAUACAACGAAAAAAUCUUACAAAGAUGUAUACGAAAAAAUAAAAAUAAAUGUUCUCCCCCGAACACUUUCCCGGAUUUCAACACAGAAGCGAAUUGUGUGUUUUGAAGAUUUCCUCCCCGAAUAUAAAAUGUGU